CUUCGCCGCUGAGCACCCAUCUCUUCGCCGCUGAUCACCGCUCUUUCCGCAGCUUCCCAUCUUCGCCGCUGAGCACCCCUCUCUUCUAUUCUUCGAGUUCAGUCGCUGAUCUUGAGGUCCGCUGAUAUUGAGGGAUAUUAUCAAGCACAGAAACCCGAAACUUCUUCAGGAACUACUAAUGUAUCGUUCUUCAGGAACUUUCAAUUUACAGUUAAUGAACUUGCUUCCAGUUAUCAAACAGGUUUUACUCAGCCGCUCGACCACCCCUCUCUUUGCAAUUAGCCGCUCAGCAAAACAGCAGCUCCAUUGCGAAAGUUUUCUCUCGCUCUCUCUUCCCAGUAAAGGCAGCCUCUCGCCCAGUACUAUUCGCGGCCUUGCAACCUCAACAAGUACCUCCAAUCACUUGACCAUUGAUCCCGCAUCAUCGGAAGGUGGUGACUCGGUGUGGGGUAUAAGAAGCCUUGUUGAGGUGACAUUGUGAAGUCAGUGUAGAACUAACAUGGAAGCAGAGACUCAGCAAAGUGGCGUGGAAUCACGUAAACGGCGGAUUCUCUUGGCCGCAAGUGGAAGCGUAGCUGCGAUCAAAUUUGCCAAUCUUUGUCACUGUUUCUGUGAUUGGGCUGAAGUCAGGGCAGUGGCUACUGAGAAUGCUAUGCACUUCAUUGACACAGCACUGAUUCCUAAGCAUGUAACUCUCUAUACAGAUGAGAAGGAAUGGCAAGCGUGGAAGAAGCUAGGGGACGAAGUGUGCCAUAUUGAACUUCGCAAGUGGGCAGAUGCUAUGGUGAUUGCUCCAUUGUCAGCAAACACACUUGGCAAGAUUUCAAUGGGACUCUGUGACAACUUGCUGACUUGUGUGGUGAGAGCAUGGGACUACGAUACGAAGCCUCUCUUUGUGGCUCCUGCCAUGAACACUUUAAUGUGGAGCAACUCUUUCACUAAAGACCAGAUCAACUCAAUAACUAACCUUGGAGUCAAGGUUAUCGAGCCUGUUUCGAAGAGACUGGCCUGUGGGGAUCAAGGGAAAGGCGCAAUGGCUGAGCCUUGCGACAUCAAUAACGAGGUGCAUCUCGCCCUUGAUGCUCAAGCUCUCAAUGUCACUGGUUAGGCUUCCCUUUGGAGACAUACUUCAAUGUGCUCUAUGCCAUGGUGACAAUUUUGGCUACUCUCUCUCUCUCUCUCUCUCUCUCUUUAUUUCUCUUCUCUGCUUUUAUAAUGUCAUGGGUUCCAAGGCAACAGCAAGUUUUCUUUAUCACAUGGCUGUCUCUCAUUUGUUUAUUGGAGUGAGUUCUCUCUUCCUCUCUUGUAGCAGGAGCAUUCCAAAGGGACACAUGAAAGCAGAGCAACCCCAGACAUUGAGGGCAAUGACAUGCCCAUCGAAGACCGGUCUUCGACCUUGCCAAUGGCCGCCAGCACCACCAGUGAUCCACCGAAUUUGGCCAGCAACAGUAAAGCGGACAGCGACUCAAAGGUCAAGAGCUCGGAUGCCAUCUCAAUCGCCACGGCCUUCGGCUCUGGUGCGUGUCUUAGAGCCAUUUCUCUCUUGUUCCCAACAACCAAAAUCUAUGCUCUUGUAACCCUCGUAGUUCUUUACUUUGUUAUUUUCAUUACUGCGGGCAAGAUGUUAUGCAUCAUAUUCCGAGACCCUCCCCCUCCUAGAACCACAAAAGCCAUCAAUUUUAUGUUAAAGUUCCUCCUAAUUCUAUCAGUUGUGGCCCUUCUGGUUGAGUUCUAUGUUCAUCUUCCGGACGAGAGGCACUGGAUGGCUGGCUUGGCCUGCGGCGUCGUUCUUGUUUCAGGUGGGGUGAUGAAAUACUUCGAUACUUGGGUGUCUACAGAGCCGCAGUCAGACGUAGCCUUUUCUCCCAGCCCUAAUUAAAUUGUGCUUCAGGCCAUGUGAUGUAGAAGACAGUCUAUCCAUUGGAGAGGUUUGAGAUAGAAAGA